AUGGCGGACAUCCGUGAUGAACCGCUGACCUUCCCCGAAAAGGACGAGCUCGCCCAUACCAAGUCCAACAAUGUCACGAUCGCAAAUGCCAAACUCGCCACCGAGAAGGAACACAAGAUGACCCUCCUGCAGGGCAUCAAGUUGUAUCCUAAGGCCGUCUUCUGGAGUGUCCUCAUCUCGACCUGUAUCGCAAUGGAAGGCUACGACGUCUGUCUUCUCGGUGCCUUCUACGGUCACCCCAAAUUUAAUGAAAAAUAUGGUGUACAAUUGGCCGAUGGAUCAUACCAGGUGCCUGCUCCAUGGCAAGCAGGGCUCAGCAACGGUGCCAAUGUUGGAGAGAUCAUCGGUCUUUUCAUCAACGGUUUCGUCUCUGAGCGCUUCGGCUACCGCUACACUGUGAUGACUUGUCUUGUCUUCAUUGCAGCUAUCACUGCUGUCUUCUUUACUGCGCAAAACGUCCAGACUUUGUUGGUCGCCGAGAUCCUGUGCGGUAUUCCAUGGGGUAUUUUCCAAACCCUCACCGUUACCUACGCUUCUGAAGUCUGCCCCGUCGCUCUUCGUGGAUACCUUACAACAUACGUCAACUUCUGCUGGGGCAUGGGUCAGGCUAUUGGUAUCGGAGUUGUGAAGUCUCUGCUGCACCGCAACGAUCAAUGGGCAUACCGCAUUCCCUACGCCUUGCAGUGGAUGUGGCCUAUUCCUCUUCUUAUCGGCAUUACCUUUGCUCCCGAGAGUCCUUGGUGGCUGGUCAGAAAAGGCAGAGUCGAGGACGCCAAGAAAGCCCUCCUUCGCCUUACCAGUGUGAACCGUGAAACCGAUUUCGACGCAGAUGAGACUAUUGACAUGAUGGUGCACACUACCAAGCUCGAGGAGAAGAUCACCUCUGGCGCCAGCUACUGGGACUGCUUCAAGGGAACAGAUCUUCGCCGUACCGAGAUUGUCUGCAUGGUCUGGGCUAUUCAGAACCUUAGCGGUAACUCCUUCUCCGGAUACUCGACUUACUUCCUUGAGCAAGCUGGUCUUGAUCCUGGCAAGGCUAUGGAUUUCGCAAUCGGACAAUACGGCAUCAACAUGGCUGGUGUGUUCGGUGCUUGGUUCCUCAUGAGCGUCGGAAUUGGCCGCAGAACUCUCUACUUGGUUGGUCUUUGCGGUCUCUUCACCAUGCUUCUCAUCAUGGGUUUCCUCGGACUCGUGCCCCACGCUCACAAGGACGCUGCAUCUCUUGCUACCGGCUCAAUGAUGUUGAUCUGGGCCCUGUGCUACCAAUUGUCAGUUGGUACUGUCUGCUAUUCGCUCGUCGCCGAAAUCUCGACCCGUCGCUUGCAAAUCAAGACUAUUGUUCUUGGUCGCAACCUUUACAACAUUGUUGGCAUUGUUUGCAGUGUUUUGACCCCUUACAUGCUCAACCCAAGCGCAUGGAACUGGGGCAACUAUGCUGGUUUCUUCUGGGCAGGCAGCUGCUUCCUGUGCAUCAUCUACACCUACUUCCGUGUACCUGAGCCCAGCGGUCGCACUUUCGCCGAGCUUGACUUGCUUUUCGAGAAGAAGAUCAGCGCGAGAAAGUUCUCCAAGACCCAAGUCGACGUCUUCGCCGACAGUCUAGAAGAGAAGGUUGAAAUUCACCACAACGAGAAAGUUGAUGUUUGA